AUGGGCGCCGCGGGGCCAGCGGCUCCACCGGCAGCGCUUUGCCGCUGCAUCCAGCUGCUGCUGCUGGCCCUGGCCGUCGUGCCGCUCGGCAGCCGUGGGCUUCGCGUCCGUGCCGUGGGGGCGGACACGGGAGGCCUGAGCCGGGACGCGUUCCCCAAGGGGUUCAUCUUCGGGACGGCGACGUCCGCGUACCAGGUCGAGGGCGCCGCGACGUCCGGCGGCCGCGGGCCCUGCAUCUGGGAUCCCUUCGUCCACACCCCCGGAAAGAUUGCUGAAGACGGGAACGCAGAUGUUGCAACAGACGAAUAUCAUCGCUACAAGGAAGAUGUUGAUCUCAUGAAAAGCCUAAAUUUUGAUGCAUACCGGUUUUCAAUCUCCUGGUCCAGGAUCUUCCCAGAUGGCGAAGGGAAAGUUAAUGAAGAAGGAGUACAGUAUUAUAACAAUCUUAUAGACUACAUGAUUAAGCAAGGUCUUACUCCUUACGCCAACCUUAACCACUAUGAUCUUCCGCUUGCACUUCAGAAAAAGUACCAAGGCUGGUUAGGCCCAAAAAUUGUGGAUAUAUUCGCUGACUAUGCCGAUUUUUGUUUCAAGACUUUUGGUGAUCGAGUCAAGAACUGGUUCACAUUAAAUGAGCCAAGGAUAGUAUCAUUCCUUGGUUAUGAUAAAGGGAUUAACCCCCCUAAUCGGUGCACACAAUGCACUGCCGGUGGGAACUCAUCGACAGAACCUUACAUUGUUGUUCAUAACAUCCUCUUAUCUCAUGCUACUGCUGUUGCAAGAUACCGCAAUAAAUACCAGGCAACUCAGAAAGGCAAGGUUGGGAUAGUUCUAGACUUCAACUGGUACGAACCUCUUACCAACUCAACUGAAGAUCAAGCAGCAGUGCAAAGGGCCAGGGACUUCCAUAUUGGUUGGUUUCUUGAUCCAUUAAUAAAUGGACAAUAUCCGAAGACAAUGCAGGACAUUGUGAAAGAUCGGCUACCAAGUUUCACACGUGAACAGGUGAAGCUAGUCAAGGGCUCGUCAGACUAUUUCGGGAUCAAUCAAUAUACAACAUACUACAUUUCAAAUGAACAAACUACUCAGCAAGGACCACCAAGCUACUCGUCUGACUGGGGCGUACAAUAUAACUUUGAAAGAAAUGGCGUGCAAAUUGGACAGCUGGCGCACUCAGUUUGGCUUUACAUCGUCCCAUCGGGCAUGUAUGGAGUUGUGAACUACUUAAAGGAAAAGUACCAGAAUCCGACCAUCAUCAUAACCGAAAACGGAAUGGAUCAACCUGGAAACCUCACACGUGAGGAGUACCUGCACGACACGGUUCGGAUCGACUUCUACAAGAACUACCUGACGGAGCUGAAGAAAGGGAUCGACGACGGCGCAAACGUGGUGGGCUACUUCGCGUGGUCCCUCCUGGACAACUUCGAGUGGCUGUCGGGCUACACGUCCAAGUUCGGCAUCGUCUACGUCGACUUCACGACGCUCAAGCGGUACCCCAAGGACUCGGCGUACUGGUUCAGGGACAUGCUCUCAGGGACGGGCUCGAAGGCCGCCACCCCGCAGACCGGUUCAGGCACCCGCCCGGCUGGUUCGCCGUCAGCCACCUCGAAUGGCGCUGCCCUGCUGGUCUCUCUGUUCGUGUCCUUGUGUGUUCUGCUUCCAUCCGUCUUCAUGGUUUCCUCGGUUUAA